CACAUCAUCGCAUGAAAAAUCAACAACACCCUUAACCUCCUUAAAUAUCACCAAAAACUGCAUUUCAACCAACAAUCCAUCAGAAAAAAUAACAAUUUAAUCAAUUUUUUACAGAAUUGUUGUAAAAGAACUAAAGUUUAGUUUAAAUAUUCGAGCAAUAAAGUUAAAGAACUUAUGAGUAUCCACAAGUCAAUGUUGAAAAGCUUAGAUCUAAUUCCUCAUUUAGAUAGUUCACUACUCGUGAUUCUAAUUCGAAUUCCAAUAAUUCAAAAAAUGUCAAUCCCAUUGAUGUUAUUAAGUUAAAAGACAUUCUAAAUGCAAACGGAAAACCAAAAAAGGAAAUCAAAAUCGACCCUCAAUUAUCUUAAAAGGCAUCACCAAAAUAUAAUGCUACCCAUCUAACUGACUUGUUGUCUGUUAAUAACUAAUAGUUAUAGUAAAAACUUACAGCAAAACCAUCCCCUAAAAUCUAAUUAUAUAAUCAAUGCCAAGUACAAGAAAAAAAUCUUCAACUAACAAAUAAACUUAUCAGAGAAUUAUAGAAAGAAAAUAAGAAUUUAGAUAUCGAGACCCCAAGAUUUUAUGGUAUGACUUGA